AUGACCAUGGACGCGUCGUCGCCCGAUCCCGCCCCGUCAUCUCAGCCCCUCGCGCGCUCCGUUUCACAGCACAGCGCCGCCUCGGCCCGUUCACACCGCAGCGCCAGGCGCUCCAGCAGGAAUCCGAGGCUCCCCAGCCAGCCCAGCAGCUCUGCUAGCAGCAUCGCCCCCAGCGACAAGUCCCUCACCAGCUUCCCCAGCUUCUCCCCCGACUCCCCCACCGGCGACCGCUUCGACGACCAUCCCUCCGCCCCCCCAAAGUCCGCCGCCCCCUGCCUCCCCGACAACCGCCGCGACAGCACCGCGAGCGCCCGCGCCCUGUCCAUGGUCGACAACCUCGCCGGACGCAGGUCCGCCCGCGACGCCCUCUUUGAGGAUGCUCCCCUGAGGCAGUCCGUCCCCGGCGCCCUUCACCAAGCACCCGAUGGCCACAUCGAGCGGCUGGUCGCCAGGCAUGGUGCCGUCGCCCUCGUCAGGCAGAUCGCCGAGGACCUUGCCCAGCGCGAUGUCCAGAUUGCCUCCCUCCGCCGCAGAGCCGACGAGCGCGAGCGCGCCCUGCGCAAGAUCGUGCGCGAGUGCGGCCUGUCCAACCUCGACCUCGAGACGAGGCUGCGCGCCGUCGAAACCGAGCUGCGCGCAAACGACCGCGCCCAGGCCUCUGACAACGACGCCCUCUGCGAUCUCAUGAGCGACGCCAUGCGCGACACCGUGUCCGAGAACGCCUACGGCGAGACGCAUCGGGCCGACUCCACCAUUCGCGCCACCGGCGCCUCGUUGACGGGCAACGCUACCCCCGGCAGCACCAAGGGCACCAUGAGGGGAUGGAAAGAUUAUUUGUGGGGGACCGGCACCGCCAAGAAGCAUGCCCGCACAAACAGCAUCAAUGGGGACGGCAGGCAGAAGGUGACGGCCUCGUCGACGAUCGUCCGAUCGCACUCCAGCAUGGACAGGCGCCCGACCCUCCAAGAAGACCUCUUCAACCCUCCCACGCCAGCCGAUCCUGCGUCGGUACGGAGCUCCAGCCGUGCCUCUAGCAUCCGUUCGGCCAAUGCUUCGGACCCCAAGCCAUCCGCGUCGCUGGCCAGCCUCGCGCUGCGGCUCGUCGCCGGUGGCACCGGCACGCCUCGAGAAACAGACGCCAGAGGCCGAGCCGCGAGCCCCUCUAGACGCGCGGCAUCCGCCAGAGCAGGCUCGGCCGCACCCGCAAGCACAAAGGCACAGGCCCAGGAUGUCUGGGGGACCGGGAAACCCUCGGUCGCGCCGCAGGAGAGCUACGGCCCCGUCGAGAUGGACGCCAUCCUGCCCCCCGAGUCGCAGCCGCCGACCAUGACGAGCAUCCAUGCCAACUACGCCACGAGCGAAUUCCUCACGGACAGCUUCGGCUUCAUCUACGACCAGCGGCGCAAGAAGCGACAACGCGAGGCGGCACACAUGGCGCAGAACAUGCGCAAUGGGAGCCGCGCCGAGAUGCUCAACGGCCGCUCGGGCAUCUCGCCUAGCCUCCUGGAAGAGGCAUCCAGCCUUAAUGGCAGCGUCUCGGACGACGGCCGGCCCGAGAGUCCGGGCAGCGCCGGGGAGCGAGGAGCCGAGGACAAACCGAAGCGGUGGCAGGACUACCUGAGGAUCGCGACGUUCCCCACCGAGCUUCUCAGCCACACUCCCAGCAUGAGCGGGGCCGCUCUCGAGGUCAUGGAAGGCACCGAUGCGUCGCAGGCCCCCGGACCGACCGGGAGUCGAGACGGCGAGCCCCUCAAGUCCCCGGGCAUCACGCCGACUGGCGCCGGCCUCGUGCCCCUGGCGAGCACGACGACGGCUGUGGACAGCGAAGCGGCGGCACAGCCACCCGAGGCGGAUGCCACAACGGUGGGCACGCUCGUCAAAGAGGACGUGGAGCCGGUGCGGCUCCUCCUUGAGCAGCUUAGCGACGUACACGACUCGCUGCAGCGCGACAAGAUGGUCAAGUGGAACGACUUCUUGCGCAAGGUCCGGGCCGAGCGACGACGCGAGGGCGAGGCGGCCGUGGCAGCCGCCGCCGCCGUGGCCGAGGCCCGGUAUGAGACGCCCGCCAUGAUCCUGCCCGAGACGCGCGUGGCCGACGGCGAGAUGAUUGGCAUCUCGGACCUGGGAAACAAGGGCAAGGUGGGCCGGGCCAAAUGGAACGAGUUCAAAACGCUGGUCCUCAGCGGCAUCCCCGUCGCCUACCGGGCCAAGAUCUGGUCCGAGUGCUCGGGAGCCAACGCGCUGCGCAUCCCGGGCUACUACGAGGACCUCGUGUCCCAGGGCAGCGAUGGCGACGACCCGGCUGUGGUCAGCCAGAUCCAGAUGGACAUUCACCGGACGCUGACGGACAACAUCUUCUUCCGAAAGGGCCCAGGGGUGCAGAAGCUCAACGAGGUGCUGCUGGCGUACUCGCGCCGCAACACCGAGGUGGGCUACUGCCAGGGCAUGAACCUGAUUGCGGCCAACCUGCUGCUCAUCACACCGUCGGCCGAGGACGCCUUCUGGGUGCUCGCGUCCAUGGUUGAGAGCAUCCUGCCCGACGGGUACUACGACCACUCGUUGAUGCCGUCGCGCGCCGACCAGCAAGUGCUGCGGCAGUACGUGUCGACGGUACUGCCCAAGCUGUCGGCGCACCUCGACUCGCUCUCGAUUGAGCUCGAGGCGCUAACAUUUCAGUGGUUCCUGUCCGUCUUCACCGACUGCCUGUGCGCCGAGGCGCUGUUCCGGGUGUGGGACGUGGUGCUGUGCACAAACGACGGCAGCACGUUCCUCUUCCAGGUGGCGUUGGCCCUGCUCAAGCUCAACGAGACGAACCUGCUGGAGCGCGACUCGGCCGCAGGGGUCUACACGUACAUCAAUCACCAGAUGACGGAGCACGCCAUCAGCAUCGACGGGUUGAUCCAGGCGAGCGAGGGGCUGCGGCGGGUGGUGCGCAGGGAGGACGUGGAGCAGCGCAGGGACAAGGCGAUGCAGGCGGAGAAGGACCUGGUGGCCCAGCGCAACGGCGACUGGGACCGGAGAGACGCGCGCGACGGUGAGGUCGUGGCGGAGAGCGGCGAGUCCUGGAGCGGGCCGUCAAGGGGGGCCUCGCCGGGUCUCGUGCAGGCGUGA